UGAAAAGGGACUAUCCGUCAGUUCAGUGUGAGUGCACCGAAGUGACAGAGGGGAUACAGUUUUUCUUGUGUAACCGACGCGCUUGCUUUAUACAGUGGUUCAGGAUCGUGAGACUCCGAACAAGCAUUAGUUUGGGUUAGAAUAAUUAUUUUAGCUGGUGAAAUUUUGAUCGGUUGAUGCCGAGGGAAGCAAAACCACAGCCGCUAACCGGCUAGGUGAAGAGGCUACGGCCAAACACAAGGGCGAACUGUACUCUUGACAAAUCGAGAAGUCUUGCUAGCUGCAUAAGCUAAACAGGUGCUCCUCCACAGAGGUGUUUUGUGUUUCCAAGGUCUGUUCAGUUCUAUCGUGCCGUUUGAGGUCAUUUGCCGGCGUUUUUCUAUCAGAAUACAUUUGUCAUUGCUGACGAAGACAUGAAGAGUCUUCCGUACUUUUGCCGAGGAGAGGUCGUACGAGGAUUCGGGCGAGGAAGCAAAGAACUGGGCAUUCCCACUGCCAACUUCCCAGACUCUGUUGUGGAACAUCUUCCAGCAGAUAUCAGCACAGGGAUCUAUUAUGGCUGGGCCUGUGUGGACAAUGGACACAUUCACAAAAUGGUUAUGAGCAUUGGUUGGAACCCUUACUACAAAAACACUAAGAAGUCAAUGGAGACCCAUGUGAUCCACACAUUCAAAGAGGACUUCUAUGGACAGAUCCUCAGUGUUGUUAUGGUGGGCUACAUCCGUCCAGAGAGGAGCUUCGACUCACUCGAAGCCCUAAUAGCUGCAAUCAACAAUGACAUCGAGGAGGCCAAGGUGCAGCUGGAGCUCCCGGAGCAUCUCAAACUGAGAGAAGACAAUUUCUUCACUACAGCCCUCAGUACACCGACAACCACACCCACCACCACCACCACUACCACAUCUCCAUCAAAAACAAUCAUGAACGGUCACUGACAGCUGGCUGUUUCUGCUCUGUGCAGGCUCUUUCUUUGUCUCUCGCACUCUCUCUCUUUCUCUAUUUCUCUCUAUCACACACACACACACACACACACACACACACACACACACACACACACACACACACACACACACACACACACACACACACACACACACACACACACACACACACCAGAACAGCAAAGAAAAUACACACAUGCCUAAGCAUACUCUAAAAACACACACUUUUUUAAAUCUUUAUUUUGAUCUCCCAUCUUUUUGCCAUAGUCUUGGUUAUGAAUGGGCAAAACCAUGAACCACUAUUCUUUGUUUUGUUUUUUGUUUGUUUUGGGUUUUUUUUGUUUUUGUUUUACUUUCUUUUCCAACUGUGUUGCUGCAUCUUGUUUUCUUGGCCUGUCAAUAUGUCCAGUGCGGGCUGAGCUCAGAGUGCCUACCCCUUCAUGAGUUCAUAGACGAUGUCUGGUUUUGUGUAGUAACAUCAAAAUACCUCAUCCAAAAGCUUAAUUACAUGUGGUGUGGUGGCUUUGGUUAAUCUGUUCCAAUCAUGUGUUUUUUAUUUUUACCCAAACUCCCUGACUUAAAAAAAGAAAAAAAAAUGAAACUCUUAAAGUUAGGUGUUUGGAAUAUAAAUAGGCAUCUUGAUACACCCAUUGUAAGUCGUGAAGUCUGCUGCACACUUUUAGUACGGUUCAGUUAUGUUGGAAAGCACCCAAGUGGACCUUUUAAGGGACAGUAGAGAGCACAGAAUUAGAAACUAGUCAGCAUCGUUUACUUUGUCUUUUUGAGUGUUAAAUGGCAAGGAUCGAACAUCUGCUGUGUGUUUACCUCUCGCAGUUUUGCCCUCUUGGUCACAACGGUUUCUUCCGUAAGCACUAUGUGACCAAGGUCAAAUACAUCACUUAUUCAGGUCCCCUGCUGAGAGUUGCUUUGGCGUUAACUGUUGGGAGAAUGUGGUUGAUUUGGGCAUUAUAAUUUGUAACCCAAACUGUGAACUCAGAAUGCACAGCAAGAUGAUUUUAUGCAAGAAUGUGGCUGCAACAAUCGUGUGCGUGUGUGUGUGUGUGUGUGUGUGUGUGUGUGUGUGUGUGUGUGUGUGUGUGUGUGACUGUGUUUAUGUGCACGCGCAUGCGAACACAGAGUCAGGCUGCUGUCGAACUAGAGAAGUGUGUAUUGCCACAGUCACUUCCCUGAAACGUUUCCCUUCUUCUUCACUUUUAUUAUUAUUAUUGUUUUGUUCCCUUCGCUAAAGGGUGGCUGCAUUUAGAGAAAUGAAUCUGAAAUAUGCAGCCGUCUCCUCAACAGUGUGAUGCUGGUUUAUUUUAUUUUAUUUUUUGGAGUUAAGAUCUUUAUUGGAAAGCCCUACAUCCAACCUUCAGACAUCAUAGUACAUUUUAAAUAGUUCAGCAGAGUAACAAUAACAUCACCGAGCUCUCCGUGGUUGGGAGAGAGCGAGAGAGAAUAGAUCAGUGGUUUUGGUCCAUUACAGGGUCCAUACUAUUAGAACAAACAACCAAAGUACUUGCGUCAUAACCAACAAGCUAAGUCAGCCUUUCAUGAAGCAGAGAGUAACUAAGUAAUUACCCUUGAGAUUUUGUAGCGAUGAUAUUUAAUGACAUCAGCAUGUUGGUCAUCUGAAUGUGUCAAGUCGACGCACUGUCUCACUCCUUCCUUAAGUUUUAGUGAUAAAUGGCAAAUUGUAGGUGAAACAUUUAUAUGAACUGAGCUUAACCUUUACUGAGCUGGCCUGCUGUGUAGGGGCUGUCAUCCCUUUAUCAGAGAUGGGACACAGAUACAUGAAAGCAAAGUCCACGGCCUCUGUUUUCACCUUUCCCUUGGUACGUCUAGAAGAAAGUGGUCUUCAAACUGUGAUUGGUAGCUUACAUUGUCAGGGAGGUGAGGGGGUGAUUAUGUAGAAACUAAUACAGAACAAUCUGCAUGCAUGCAUCAUGCUCUCAAUGGUAAUCAUGUUUCUGACAUGUUUGACUAUCUUAUGAUGUGGCGUAUUCUGAGUCUUUUUUAUUUUUAUUUUUAAUGAUCGCUUAGAAGAUUAGACAUGCCCCUUGUGCAUGUUGUUAAAAAAAUGCAACCCAUGAAAUUAUAAAAUUGAAUGUAUUAAUUGUUGUGGCCAUAACAGCAGACGAGCGGGGACGAACGGUCGAGGUUGCAUCAGCCUCUGCAGAUCUUGCUCAGCCUCCGUGUGCACGUGGCGUCUGUUCCACCCGCGCGUCCAAUUUUUUGUAGCCCUGUACAUAUUUUAUUUUGAGGCAAGCUUAGUGAUUUGCACUUCAGAGUCUACUAUUUGUGUGUAAGUCUUUAUGUUGUAAAGAGCGUUCGAUUGUUUUGUUGAGGGACUCAGAUUUUGCAUCAGAGGUUACAGACAUCCUGUUAAUACAGCAGCCAUAUUAGCCACAGCCUUCCCAGUUCUUAUCUGUACAAUCUGAGAUGGCACCUUGGAGUUCUGGUAUGUCUUUUUUUUUUAGGGCUACAUUAUUAUUAUUUUUUUAAAAUUCUGCUUUAACCUACUUUAGUGAUCUUUAUCAUCCCUGAAGAGAAAAAUCAGUUUGCAGCUAUUAGAAGUGUUUCCUGGAGAGACGACAGACGGAAACGUCAGUGUCAUGUAUCACACUCUUCAGAUGAGGCCGACAAGGGCAUCCAGGUAGUGUAGCAGUCUACUCCGUUGCCUACCAAUGUGGGGAUCUCUGGUUCGAAUCUCCGUGUUGCCUCCGGCUUGGUCGGGCGUCCCUACAGACACAAUUGGCCGUGUCUGCGGGUGGGAAGCCGGAUUUGGGUAUGUGUCCUGGUUGCUGCACUAGCACCUCCUCUGGUCGGUCGGGGUGCCUGUUCGGGAGGGAGGGGGAACUGGGGGGAAUAGUGUGAUCCUCCCACGCGCUACGUCCCCCUGGUGAAACUCCUCACUGUCAGGUGAAAAGAAGCGGCUAGUGACUCGACAUGUAUUGGAGGAGGCAUGUGGUAGUCUCCCUGGAUCAGCAGAGGGGGUGGAGCAGUGACCAGGAUGGCUUGGAAGAGUGGGGUAAUUGGCUAAGUACAAUUGGGGAGGAAAAAAAAAAGAAGAUGAGGCCGACAAAGAUGAAACGACCGAAACAAGAACUCGUCCCUUUGGUCCGUUCGUGGAGACUUUUCUGCCGUGGUUGUGCAUUGACAACUCAUCUGAAGCACUUGAUGUACAGAAAGAAUCUAUUUUAUUUUUUAAAAACAUUUUUGUAUUUGCUGGCUGUAAUGUCAUGCUUUGUCAAAACAAUCUUGAAGCUUAAUGUCUUUGCGGAUGAUAUUGUGAGACGGGAUGAUGUCAGGAGUGCUCAAACAGGGUCUGCUUUGGUGUGGUCGGGUUUGGGGACUAGAAACCCAAAGACACCACUUGUAAAAGUGAUAUGGUAUGCCAUAUCAUUCAUUCUUUUUUUUCUUUCUUUUAUUUGUCUCUACAGUAUGAUAAGAGGAAUUAAUGGCAUGAUUCAACAAUGGGCCAUUUUGUGUUUGCAUUAUAUAUAUAUAUAUAUAUAUAUAUAUAUAUAUAUAUAUAUAUAUAUAUAUAUAUAUAUAUAUAUAUAUAUAAUCCAGCUGAUGAUUGCUUAUGGCAUGAAACAGGCUUGUACUGUCUCAUAAAGAAUUUACCUGACUCACCUUGUACUGUCUCAUAAAGAAUUUACCUGACUCACUGGAUGAGUCAGGUAAAUUCUUUAUGAGACAGUACAAGCCUGUUUCAUGCCAUAAACAUUCAUCAGCUGUCAAUACAGCUACUCGGGAAAGGAUAUAUAUAUAUAUAUAUAUAUAUAUAUAUAUAUAGGAAUUAUUAACUGAUACAAUCUAAUUUGUUGUAGUUUGCUUUUUGUUACAAUCUUUAAGAUGAGAUUUUCCCCCACAUUGACUCAAAUGCUUAAUAUUCAGUUCAAGGUAUCUGUUGUUGGUCUUUUAUUCCCACCAAACAUUUGAGGUGCAACUUCUCCUUUUCAUAUGAUAUUCCAGUUGGCACUGUGGUAAAACCUGUACUACUAAUCCACAAUGCAAAACAUCGUCUGGAUUCUCUUGAUAAAGUUCCAGAGCGUUUACCUCCUGAAACUAAUAAUCAGCUUCUCUAAUUUCUAAUUUGUUACUGAAUACCUCAUAAUCCAUUAACCUAUUUUACUGUAAGUAGAACAUGAUUCAGAAAUAAUGUUUGUGUCACAGUUUUGUUUUUUCCAUUUGGCACAACAGGCAUGGAAAUACUGAUAUUAUCUACUGAUAUUUGUCUAAAUUGUAAUGUCCUCCUAUUAGUGUUGGCCCGUAGCUACUGACAUCACUGUUUAUUGCUGGUUAAAGCGUUUGAGAAGAGUGAUGCUAGGAAAAUGUUCAGGUGCCCAGGUGUGGGGUAGUGGUUUAACAACCAUCUCUGCAGACAUAUUUGGCUAACCUGUCCCAGGAUUAAAUCCUGGCGGGACUCAAAACUUCUUCCCGUCUCAAGAAAACAUUGCAUUCUUUAUCUAUUGUAAUCUGAGAGACCAUUCCUUGGACAUGACGUUGGGCUUUGGCGUCUCUGCCAUGUCUCGUGUCCCCAGUCGGUCCCGGUCAGUCAGGGUUUUGGGUCAUGGUCUGGCUGUGUGAGCACAGCAGCCGUGGGUGUUGUGUACUCUGUUGGUGCCGAAUAAACAAUGAGUAACCUGUAGAUUCCUAGAAAUGAACUGAAAAGCGAACGACUGAUGUUGUGAUAUUGUUAAUGUCAUUUUCGACUGAUGAUUCAUCUGGUCAGAGAAUCAUCUUUCACGUAUCCAUUUGCCAUUAAAAGCUACUGAAGUAUGUGGAUGCAGUUUGUUUUUGUCCAGUGUUUGUCCUUUGUAUUUGUGAAAGCCGACCUCAUGCAGUAACUCUAUAGGGGGUGUCGGUGUCCCUGCAAGGAUGGGGAAAAAUGUCCAAAGCGGUAACCUUGUAAGCACAAUAUGUUGGAGAGAAUUUUAUUUUUACAUUUAGUUUUAAAGCAAAGAUGAAUGUUAAGAUAAGGGACUGAAUAUAAGUAAAUACAUAUAUUCUAAUGUGUUCUUGGUUAUGAAGGAAGCUGGACCAGCGGUAGGUGUACCCAGAUUAAAGUUCGUGUUUCACAGUACAUGAGAUAAUCUGGACUCGGGUUAUAGUCUCAGGGUGAGGGUUUCUGAGGACAAACCUGCUGUGUUGACACACCUAUGGUAGAUCCUCUGUGGGCUUUUCAUGUCAAGUUGUAUUUCAUGACUUUAAUCUGUCAACUAUUAACAUUUUCAUUCGGCGUAAUCUUGUAGAGUUAUGAAGAAAAAAAGGGUCUUAAACUUGGAUUAUAGGCUGUACUUGUGCUGUAUUCAACACACCUCGGCUGAUUGAUAGAAACCCAGAAUAUUUAGAAGCAAAAUUGUUUUGGUAACAAAUCUUACAUAUGGUAAUAGCAGACUCAUUUUAUGCAAAAACAGACAAUGAAUAUGCAUUAACAUUUACAAAGAUAUUAAGUUUUUAAUUUGAGCUGGUUAUUCCACUUCAUUUUGAUCCGCAAGUUCUCCUCAGAAUAUGAAUCCUGAGACGCAGAACAUCUGCCCGAUGAAUAGUAUUUGGAUGUCAGAGAUAAUUCCUCAGUGUGUCUAUGGAUUAUUCAUUAAAAUGAACUGAACUUGG